AUGUCGCAAACGCCGAGUGUGUCGCGCAGCAGCCGCCAGCUGUGCUGGGAAAGCCGCGAUAGCUACUAUGCGUGCUUGACCUCCCACAAGAUCCUCGCUCCACCGGGCACCGACAUGUCAGACACCAAAGGGCCGCUCGGCCGCGGAGGGUUUGCCGAGAAAACCUCGCCGGAGGAGCGUGCACGGAUCCUGGCCGAGCAGCGCGCCAACGACCCGUGCACGCCACAGCGCGAUGCGUACGAAAAGAACUGUGCGCAGAGCUGGGUCGAUUACUUCAACAAGCGCCGCAUCCUCGACGAGCGCCAAAAACAGUUCUACGCUGAGGCCGAGGCGCGUGUCGCGGCACAGAACAAGUAG